UUUCAGUUGUUUGUUAGUCGCUGAGUUAAUCGGUGAUGUCGCGUGUGGAGAAAUGAUUUAGCAGAAAAUUAGUUUGAAUCGUGUUCUUUAUUAAAAAGUAAACAAUAAAAAAGUUCCCAUUAUUUGAACAGAAAACAAGAAAGUGAAAGUAACACGUGCAUGGUGCACGUUUCAACAUCUCUUGCCCCGAACCACCAUUCGAACAGCAACGAAUCUUUUCUGAGGGGAAACUUUGAUAAACCUAAGCUAAGUUCAAAUCCACAAACAUCUAAUAAUGACUACGUAUUUCAUUUUAAGGACGUGAGAAGCGUACAAGUUGUUAUUUAAGAUUUAAGAAAGAAACUAGUUCCCGCUGAAAUUAAACUAGCGACUUCAACUAUUGCAGCUGCUUAAUAACUAUAAGAAACAUUUUUUGUACGCAUAAUUUUAGUAAGUAAGACAAAUAAAAAAGGCAGCAGCAACAAGAAACACAACAACACCUAACUAAUAUUUGAAGCAGCAACACCGACAACAACGUCAGCAGCAACAGCAACAACAACAACAACUGGAAGCUCGUGACCAAAAUUUUAAUAGAAAAAUAAUUUGAAAAAAUAUAUAUACAAAAUGAGUAGAGUCACAGCAAUCUGUUUUUCACUACAACGGAUAUUGAUACCCGCAGUGCUGGUCAUAGCUGCGCUUAUACGUCCGGUCGGAAUCUCCUAUAUUUAUAUGUUAAUGUUUUUUAUAGCGCCAUUUGUUCCCAUAGCCACACAUAAAAAGCGGAGAAGACCUAUUAAUGCCAAUUUAUUUAUACUAUUAACAAUAUCUGUAAUCAUAUUAUUAACGCAUCUGAUAUUACAAUUAUUAAUAAUAUUUCACGAUCUGAAAAAUGAUUUCGGUGCUUGUUCACUGACUGAACAAAUAUUUCGACAUAUUGGUUUUAUAGAUUUUCGAAAUGUAGGAGUCCUAGCUAUAAUUGAGUGGUUAUCACCGGAAGUACUUGUAUUUUUAACAUCCAUUAUUGUGUUUAUUAUUAUCAAACAGUUAACUGCUAAAACCGAUCAUACUUUAGUAGAAAAUGGAGAUGUAGUACCCAGCGAAGGUAAUCCAGAAGUUAGCAGCACAAUCCAACAGGGAUUAGGGAGAAUAACUCAAAUAUCACCUGUUUUCUGUAUGACCACAUUAUUUUUUUCUGCCAUUUUACGCCCAUCCGUACCGGGUGGUUUCUAUUUUUUGAUAUUUCUGAUAUGUGGAACGUAUUGGGCAACAUAUCGCUCACUAUUAUCGCGAGGUUUCGCGAUGUUAAUGCGGCUGAUGCUUGUAGUGCUGGCACUGCACAUACUGCUUUUUGUUGGCUAUCAGACGCCAUGGUUACAGCAGACAAUACCACAAGAUAGUUUACUAGCUAGAUUAUUGGGCUUGGAGCCUUUAAUUAUUUCAAGUUGUGAAAAGGAUAUACGCUUUAUUAUAUAUAACUUGGAUUUGAAUAUUGUGUCCUUCAUCAAUCCUAUCGUAAUGUUCUUUUCAUACUAUGCAAUAGCGUUGACUUCUAGGAAUAUACUUAAGAAGAAUAUGGUCUCGUUACGCCGACCUGAAAAUCGUCCACAGAUAACUCUUGAACCGACUGAAACGACGCCUCUAAUGCGGGCUAACCUGAAAAAACAAGGUUCUAGACUUAGUGGCGAAAAUUCUAGAGUAAUUGGUGACGCUGAUAUACCAUUGGACACUAUACAAUCUCAAGAAGCGGAAGAGAGAUCAAAUGUUGGAAAUGAAGACAAUUCAUCCAUUUUCGAGCAUUUUUGGUAUGGCAUUGUCAGUGUCGGUGGUUUUAUAUAUCAAAACAGCUACAUAUUCACCAAUAUCCUAAUGAUGACUUGGGCUAUUGUUUAUCACAGUUGGUUAACAUUCGUUCUACUCCUAUGGGCUAAUUUGCUCUGGAUGAUACCCAAUCAACGCGCCUCUAUGAUGCGUUCAAGUCCUUUAGUGACCCUAUACGCUGAACUACUAGUGGUUGCUCAAUAUAUUUAUGGCAUGAAUUUAAACAAUAAUGAAUUGCCAACGAAAGUUGAUAUUACUGGAAUUAACUUAGCACAAAUUGGUUUUGAACGACCGCAGGAGCAUGAUACUCAGCCGUGUGUGCCACUUAUCGUUAAAACAUUGUUUUUACUUAUGUUCUGGGUGACAUUGCGACAGUUCAGCAAAGAAAAGAAAUAUCGGAAAAUGGGUCAAAAACUCUCGCAUAUCAGUUUCUCCUCCUCAAAAUACGAAUCAAAGAAAACUUCAAAGUUCCUAAAACAAGCUGGUUCAGUUAUUAAAAAUUUACUUGUGCGUCUAUGGAUGUGGCUAUUGGUGCUGGUGAUAUUUUUAUGUGCUAUAUCAGGCAAACAAAUGACAGGCUUUCGUAUAUGUUAUAUGGGACUGUUUCUAUUUUUCCUGCUAGUCUUUCAGUCUUCGUCACAAGCUUGGAUUAAAAUCAUGUAUGGUUUUUGGCUGUUUCUAAUUUUCUACUCAAUGUCAAUAUUAAUACUUAUAUACACCUAUCAAUUUGAUAAAUUCGAUCAAUAUUGGAAUGAUUACUUGAAUAUAUCUAAAACGCUACAAACCGAUAUAGGUCUCCUACGUUAUAAAACAAAAGACCUAUUCUUACAUCUAGUUUCACCAACAGUCAUUGUAAUACUUACCGUUAUUCAAGUUCAUUACUUUCAUAAACGCUUCAUAACAGCACUAGAACACCGUACUAUACAAGAUCGUGGAACUAACUUGCAAAGGAUUCGAUCGGCGAGUUUUAUGAGGGCGAGUAGAAAAAGUUAUCGGCUGUCAGAAUCAGACUUCCAGCAGUCUUUUAUGGAUCUCAUGCGACAUGGCUUAAAGAAAAUGAAAGCCAAUUCAAAGUAUUUAUUUGUUAAUACGAAGAAACUAUUUUGGCGUCUAAUGGAACUACAUGCCAUUAAAUUGGUGUAUUUGUUUGCAUUUCUUUGCUGCGUUAGUGAGGUAUGCUUGCUACACAUAAUUCUGGUGGCUUUAUGUUUAAUCGGUGUUAUGGCCCGUUCGUUCUUGCACAUAUUCAUCAGUCGGGUGAUCUCGCUGGUCGUUACUGUGAUUGUCAUCAUCAGAAUGAUAUAUCAGAUUGCGUAUUUGGAUCAUAAUCGUUAUAAUGUAACAUGUGACUCAAAUAACCAAACUGUUUAUAAUAAUGCUUUCUGGUUUGGUGUCGCAAAAGCUUCUAAAGAAACCGGCAACCUCAUUGGUCUCUUGAAAAUGCACAUAAUAUAUAUGAUGAUGGUUACUUUGCAUGCUGUGGUAACAUUGCGGCAUCAAAAAUCACGAGAUCAAAGAAGUAAUGAAGCCUAUUUCAAGAAAGUACUCUUUCCUGGUAUAACUCGUGCAGACGCAGAAAAGAAUUUCAAAGGCAUGAUAAAGUUUCUGUGCAAUUAUGGUUUCUAUAAAUUUGGUCUGGAAAUAUCGUUAAUUAUGCUUGUGUGUAACAUUGCAUUCAGACGUGAUAUUGUUGCUUUGAUUUAUGUAUCGUGGUUAAUUAUAUUCAUACUAUGUGAUCGAACAAAGUGUUCGAGAAUAUGGAUUAUUUAUCAAUGGUUCCUGGUAUCGUCUAUCAUGAUACAAUACAUUAUUUUGGUUGGAUUACCACCAAGCUUAUGUUUAAAUUAUCCAUGGACAAAUUCAUCAUUUGCGGAGAAAAUACAACGUUGGGCUAUGCUACCUGGCAAUUAUUCCUAUAAUCACUUACCAAAGCUUAUAUUCGAUUUUAUAGUCCUCUAUAUUGCAAAACGUCAGCACCGUGUCUUUGUAAUUGAAAAACACUAUGAACAGCAUAACAUAGCAUACCCUGGUGGAAGUAAUAACAACGUUGUUUCCGAUAUAGCGAAGUUGGGUGUAGAGCCUUUCGUCAAUCCAACACGAGACUUUUUAACAAAUAUACGUAACUAUUUAGAUAUUUGCAAAAAUAUUGUGCUCUGCAGUUUCUACUGGGUAACAUUGGCAGUAGUGUUUUAUGCAGGCACUUGUAUAACAGAUUUCCUAGCGUUGGGAUAUUUAAUUGGUGCAUUUAUAUUUCUGUGGCAGGGCUCAGAUUUCUUUUUGCUUCCCAUUAAUACAAUCAUCAAGCGAUGGCAAUAUCUGUUAGCCUUUAACGUUGGAAGUAUAGCUGUAAAGACUGCAUUGCAAAUGGCGGGAUGUCUAUUUUUCAAAGAACUGACAGAAAAUUGUUGUUGGCUUGUCCACAUAUUCGGUAUUACAUGCGCAAUUAGUAGAACUUCAACCCAAGUCGACGAAUUCGAUGCUUUUACUUCUGAAGAAUGCCCAGCGCCAACAAAACAAGUAGUACUGUUAUGGGAUGCGAUCUGUUUUGCUUUUAUAUUGUUGCAAUUGCGAAUAUUCAAAUCAUAUUACUUCUGUCACAUAAUUGCCGAUGCUAAAGCUAAUAGUUUACUAGCUUCCAGGGGGGCUGAAAUAAUUGAGGACUUGCGACAGAAGCAAAUAGCACAUCGACAUGAACAUGAAAUCUUAGUGCUACAUAAAAUCAAGCGGAAGAUGGAAAAGAUACGUGCUACACAACAGAAAAUCAAACCGGCUGAUAAAACCACACAUUUUGAUGAAUAUGGUAAUCAAAUACCUGGACCAAGAGCGCACAAAAGGCAAACGCAUCCAGAGGCUGUACGUGCGGGCGACUACUAUAUGUUCGAAGAUAUGGACAAGAAAUUCGAAUUGGAUCUCAUAGAAGAUGAGGUUGAUUUUCUUGAUGACCAAGAUAAUAUGACGCCGGGUGAGAAGCGCAUAAACCGCCGGAAAGCCCUUUACGAUAUAAGAUUAGUCAAAGUCCCAUCGAAUGAUCUGGAAAUGAAGGAACAAGAUCAAGAUCAAGAUCAAGAUCAAGAUCAAGAUCAAGAUCAAGAUGAUCAAAGCUUUUAUAAAGAUUUGGAACCAGAGGAGUCCUCAACAGUUAUACGUCCAAGCACAAGUAAAGAAGGAGCUUCUACAUCAUCAGCUACUGAUGAGACAAAAAAAACACGUGGACCUGUGGAAUUGACUGAAAAGGAAUCAGAUGAUGAUCUGGAAGGAAACCCUAUCGUACGUUUACUUGAAGGUUUCUUAGUCUCGCUAUCACUACGUCUAAAUCGUUUCUCACGUAAUUAUCGCUAUGUGAAUAAGAUCUUAACUGAAGAAAAGAAGGCCGUAAAGGAAUCUCCCAGUCUCUAUCAAGCCAGAGGAUCUGCCGUGAUUCAGCUUAUUAAGAAGCUUGACAGAGAUGAUAAGGAUGAACCUCCUUCCUCAUUCACUGCAAGGAGUGCACAAAAUAAUCAAAACAUAUCACCACAAUAUCAAACAAAUACCACAACUCCACAAAACACCCCACCAAUCACCAAUACCAACACCAACACCACCACCAACUCCACAAAUCAAACAUUAGAUUCAGAUUCUCAAACGCAAUCACAACCAAAUCUGCAAGAUCAAAGUAGUCAAUCAAGUAAUAUCACUCACGACAAUCAAAACACUCAAGAAAGCCAAACAACCCAAUCAAGUCGAGAAAUCCAAGCAAGUCAAGCAGGUCAAGACAGUCGCACAAGUAAAACAAGUAAAGCAAGUCAGCCACAAAAUCCAGACGCAAUCAUCGAAAUUCCAGUAGACACAGUCGAUACAACCAAACAUAGAAGUGAACUGCAAUCAAAUUUAGCGUCGGCUCGGAGACGUAAAUUAGCGGGUUUGCCCGAAAUUCGUAUACGGGCACCCUCUUUCGAUCGCAGUUAUAAUGGCUCGGGUUAUAUAAGUAGACACCGGUCCUGUGAGUGCGUUGACAGUCACGCCGAUUUUGCUUUUGAGGACGAAGAUUUCAUUACUCGUGAUCAUCAUGUUGUAAUAGAGGUUUUGAUAUCAGCCUGGUAUGCUCUACUAGCUAAUACGGAUUUGAUAUGUUAUAUUGUUAUUUUUAUAAAUCAGGUUGUCAAUGCUAGCGUCAUUGCAUUGCCAAUUCCACUAAUGGUCUUCCUUUGGGGUACUCUCUCGCUGCCACGUCCAACCAAAACUUUCUGGGUUACACUUAUUGGCUACACGGAAUUGGUUGUACUUAUAAAAUGUGUCUUCCAGUACAAACUUAUUUGGGCGAAUUACACCAGCAUUGGCCAACCAUUGGCACCGGCCAAAAUAAUUGGAGUGCAAUGGAAUCCAAAUUAUGCUACUUAUGACUUAAUGGUACUGUUAGCAUUAUUUUUCCACAGGUUUAUUUUGAAAUCGCAAGGUCUUUGGAAAUCAGACUAUGAGUUAUCAACAAAACCUGCAAAUAGCCCACCACACGAACGAAAUCGUGCGGGAGUCGAGGAAUCCCCAACAGAGCCAACUGGAUCAAUAUCAUUACCUUCGCGCGUUCGUAAUGCAACAAAAAAAAUACUUAUUAUUUCUAAAAGUCGCGAUGAAGCUAUGAGUUUGCAAGGAGUUGAUGGUAAUGAGCAGCACGAUAGGGACUCCACCAAUAGCCCUCAUUCUAGUGUGCAAAUAAAACGAUCCAAAUACUUUUCAUCAUCGGGAACGUUUUUCUACUCUUUGCUUCAUAAGUCCAGACUGCCUACUGAUGUGUAUGCGCUUAUGUUCCUUUGUGACUUCAUAAACUUCUUUGUAUUACUGUUUGGAUUUACCGCAUUCGGUGCGCAACAACCUGAAGGCGGCGGAGGUGUGCAAAAGUAUCUCAGUGAAGACAAAGUACCUAUACCGUUUCUAAUCAUGUUGCUUAUACAGUUUAUAUUGAUCGUCAUAGAUCGAGCACUUUACUUACGUAAAGCUCUGUUCUAUAAGAUAAUUUUUCACUUUUUGUCUGUAAUUGGCAUACAUAUUUGGAUGUUCUUUGUGGUACCUGCAGUGACGGAACGCAGUUUUUACGCGUCCGCCCCACCAGUCAUUUUCUACAUAAUCAAAUGUUUUUAUAUGCUGCUGUCUUCAUAUCAGAUCAAAUGUGGCUAUCCUAAGCGUAUUUUGGGUAAUUUCCUCACUAAGAACUUUUCUCUCGUGAAUAUGAUAACUUUUAAAGUUUACAUGCUUGUGCCUUUCCUUUAUGAAUUGCGUACAAUAUUGGAUUGGGUGUCCAUAGACACGACUAUGACGCUAUUUGAUUGGUUGAAAAUGGAAGAUAUUUUCUCCGACAUAUUCUUUAUAAAGUGUAGUCGUCAAAUGGAGAGCGAUUUUCCAGCAAUGCGUGCAGAGAAAAAACCUCUUUUUAACAAACUUCUUAUGGGCGGCACGAUUAUACUAAUUAUAGUCAUAUCGAUCUGGGGUCCGUUGUGUUUAUUUGCCCUAGGCAAUGCUGUUGGUCAACCGAAUGUUCCAUCUGAAGUGUCAGUUAAUAUACGCAUUGGAUCUUAUGACCCCAUAUAUUCAUCAAAUAGUCGUGAAAGUAUAUACACUUUUAAUCACGAAAUGUUUAGUGAUAUGCAGAGUACAUAUAUACGCCAGAAGGGCGCACUCACCUUUUUAAAUAGCUAUGAUGCCGAAGAUAUAGCAGUUGUUAAAUUAGCUUCAAAUUCACCAUCAAUGUGGAAUAUAUCGCCUCCAGACAGAGACCGACUGCUAGAUGAAUUAGAAGCAGGUUCCACCUUAAAAGUACGUUUAACAUACUCCUUCACGCGGAUUCCUGUGGCAAAAGCAGCGAGUGGCGUUUCGACGGAAGAAGUAACUUUCGAUAUUGGACCCGAAUUCAAGGAUAAAGAGCAGUUGAUAAAAAUGCUAAAGGGUACCGCAAGUCCAACUGAUGUCGUUGUGAUACCUAAAAUGGUACCAAAGUUUAUAAAAGUCCUUAACAAUGGUGGACCAAGCAUUGUUCAUGUCUUAAUGCCACCGGAACACCUUUAUCGACCAUUGAUUUUAAAAAUGCAUGCACCAUCAGAAGAUAGCAUCUGGUGGGAGAUUAUGGAUUUCACCGAUGAUGAGUUCUAUACCAAUACUUUGAGUAAAUUACCUAUGGCUAAAGAAAAGGCAGGCGUCCUGAUGUAUACUUUCAACGAUAAGAAAUUUCCAUCUACUUUUAGUUUUCUAACAGCAAGCGGUAUUAUUGGUCUAUAUACUACAUUUGUGUUAUUGGCUUCUCGUUUACUUAAGUCAUUUAUGUCUGGACUAAAUCGUCAUAUUAUGUUUGAAGAUCUUCCAUAUGUAGAUAGAGUGCUACAACUAUGUCUAGAUAUAUAUUUGGUACGAGAAGCUCAUGAAUUCGCGCUUGAAGAAGAUUUAUUUGCUAAACUGCUAUUCUUGUAUCGUUCGCCUGAGACGAUGAUCAAGUGGACACGUCCAAAAGAAGAAACAGCUGAGGACGAAACUGACACGGAGUCGAUGCGCAGUCGGAGCAGUGCGCGCCGCCAUGAAAAUCCACAAUAACUUAAUUUUUUCCAUAAUUGAAUCUAAUUCUUUCAUAAGUCUUUUCACUUUUAUACUGUAAAUGUUAAAUUUUCUAGAUUAUUUUAAUGGGUUAAGCUUAACGCUUAAGUAUAUAUGAUAUAUCUCAGUUUUU